UAUUGUCAUGUCAGGAUAGACGAAAGUGCCAAACGCAGAUCGCGUUUUGUUUCAUUAAAUUUCUUAAAGUAAGUGUUUGUUCAAUUAAUCGCGGGUUUAACGACUACAGGCGCAGGGUGCAUUGCUGCAUCCACUGAAUCAUGAGCUAUCAGAUACCAUCAUCGCAAAGUCGCACAAUGUCGCACAGCAGCUAUGGUGGGUCUGAUGUGCCCAUGGCACCAAGCAAAGAGCAGCAGACUUUGAUGUGGCAGCAGAACUCUUACUUAGUGGAUUCUGGUAUCAAUUCCGGAGCAGCUACUCAGGUACCAUCACUAACUGGCAAGGAAGAUGAUGAGAUGGAAGGAGACCAGCUCAUGUUUGAUCUCGAUCAGGGCUUUGCUCAGGGUUUUACCCAGGAACAAGUUGACGAUAUGAACCAGCAGCUCUCUCAGACUCGCUCCCAGCGUGUCCGUGCAGCGAUGUUCCCAGAGACACUGGAGGAAGGCAUAGAGAUCCCUUCCACUCAGCUGGAUCCCGCUCAACCCACCGCGGUGCAGCGCCUUGCUGAGCCCUCUCAGAUGCUCAAGCAUGCUGUUGUCAAUCUGAUCAACUAUCAAGAUGAUGCUGAUUUGGCUACCAGGGCCAUACCAGAGUUGAUCAAGCUUUUGAAUGAUGAAGAUCAAGUAGUUGUCUCCCAGGCUGCAAUGAUGGUGCACCAACUCUCCAAGAAGGAGGCUUCCCGUCAUGCCAUCAUGAACUCUCCCCAGAUGGUUGCUGCUCUAGUGCGCGCUAUCUCCAACAGCAAUGACCUUGAAACCACCAAAGGUGCUGUUGGAACUCUGCACAACUUGUCUCAUCACCGACAAGGUCUACUGGCGAUUUUCAAGAGCGGCGGAAUACCAGCUCUGGUUAAACUUCUAAGCUCUCCCGUCGAAUCUGUUCUGUUCUAUGCAAUCACCACUUUGCAUAAUCUCUUGCUGCACCAAGAUGGUUCCAAGAUGGCGGUUCGUUUGGCUGGUGGCCUGCAGAAGAUGGUAGCUCUGCUGCAGAGGAAUAAUGUCAAGUUUCUGGCUAUCGUGACUGACUGUCUUCAGAUCCUGGCAUACGGAAAUCAAGAGUCUAAACUGAUUAUUCUAGCCUCUCAAGGCCCGAUUGAAUUAGUGCGCAUUAUGCGCUCCUACGAUUAUGAAAAGUUGCUGUGGACUACUUCCAGAGUUUUGAAGGUGCUGUCUGUGUGCUCGAGCAACAAGCCGGCCAUCGUGGAGGCGGGUGGCAUGCAGGCAUUGGCCAUGCACCUCGGCAACCCGAGUGGCCGCCUCGUGCAGAACUGUCUCUGGACCCUGAGAAACCUCUCUGAUGCUGCCACUAAGGUGGAAGGUCUGGAGGCCCUGCUUCAGAGCCUGGUGCAGGUGCUGGCAUCCACUGACGUCAACAUCGUGACCUGCGCUGCGGGCAUUCUCUCCAACUUGACCUGCAAUAAUCAGCGUAAUAAGGUGACUGUGUGCCAGGCUGGUGGUGUGGAUGCGCUGGUGCGCACUGUGGUGUCGGCAGGUGAUCGUGAGGAGAUCACGGAGCCGGCGGUGUGCGCGCUGCGUCACCUCACAUCCAGGCAUCUCGAUAGCGAGAUGGCGCAGAACGCUGUGCGUCUGCAUUACGGACUGCCGGUGAUUGUGAAGCUACUGCAGCCGCCUUCGCGCUGGCCGCUGGUGAAGGCGGUGGUGGGGCUGGUGCGCAACCUGGCGCUUUGCCCCGCCAAUCACGCUCCGCUGCGCGAGCACGGCGCCGUGCACCACCUCGUGCGCCUCCUCAUGCGUGCCUUCAACGAUACCCAGAGACAACGGUCAUCAGUGUCGGGUGGAGGGGGCGGCGGCGGCGGCGCGGGCGGGGCGUACGCGGACGGCGUGCGUAUGGAGGAGAUAGUGGAGGGCGCAGUGGGCGCUUUGCAUAUCCUUGCGCGUGAGGGCCUCAACCGCCAACUCAUCCGCCAACAGAACGUCAUACCGAUAUUUGUGCAGCUGCUGUUCAAUGAAAUUGAAAACAUACAGCGCGUGGCGGCCGGCGUGCUGUGCGAGCUGGCGGCCGACAAGGAGGGCGCCGAGAUGAUAGAGGCGGAGGGCGCCACCGCGCCGCUCACCGAACUGCUGCAUUCACGUAAUGAAGGAGUAGCUACGUAUGCUGCGGCGGUGCUGUUCCGUAUGUCUGAGGACAAGCCGCACGACUACAAGAAGCGGCUCUCCAUGGAGCUCACCAACUCGCUGUUCCGUGACGAUCACCAGAUGUGGCCCAACGAUCUCGCCAUGCAGCCCGACUUGCAGGACAUGCUGGGCCCAGAGCAAGGCUACGAAGGCUUGUACGGCACUAGACCGUCGUUUCACCAACAAGCAGGCUACGAUCAGAUCCCGAUAGACUCGAUGCAGGGCUUGGAGAUCGGCAGCGGAUUCGGCAUGGAGAUGGACAUCGGGGAGACGGAGACGGCCGGAGGCGGGGGAGCCGACCUCGCCUUCCCCGAGCCUCCGCACGACAACAACAACGUCGCCGCCUGGUACGACACCGACUUGUAGGCCGACACCGACCUGCAAGCCCGCGCCGACACCGACACCGACAUCUCCCCAGCCUUAUCCCACUUAUAUGGGAUCGGCGCAUAACAUUUUAAUCUUUACGGCAACCCGCCUGCCUACACACACAAACACACACACAUGACUAAAAUGUGACGUCACUGAUGCAUACGUAACGUUUUGUCUUUUGUUUUGUUAGCUUGAUGACGUCACGUGACGUAACUAUGCACGGUGUCAUUUUGUCGAUUUGUGUUCUUUGUGAGCAAAUUAAAUAGUUAUUGAACUGAACCUAAACAAUAAAAACAACAAAAUUAAAAUAACAUGAUUUAUAUUUGAGAUGUGUGUUAUUGAAUACUUUACUAUGUGUUUGGUACGUCUGUAUGUUUUUUUGGUUUUUUAUUGUGAUUAAUUUUAAUGUUUAAGUUCCACUUAAUCACACAUUACAGUCUGUUUAGUACAAAUCUGUUUUAUGUUAUUUUGAAGUUUGGAAAUAUGGCCGUACGGACAAAAAAUCUGUGAUCAACUGUUUUCACUGGCGGAAUACUUGUAUAGAAACAUUGUAUGUGGAUUUUCAAACAUAAUAUGAAAGAUGACAUGUUUUUAUACAAAUGUCUCGACAAUGGAAACUUAAUAAAGAUAUAAUCAUUUAUACGGCAGCUACUUUUUUAAUACUUAAAUAAUUCAAAUUUAUUUUAUUACAUUAAUUGGCAUUGGUGCUAUUAACCAAGGGAAUAAGUUUUUGUUUUCACAAAAGUAUCGAGUGAUGUCCUGCAUCGAUUAUAUCGAAACCUUUUAUACGUUAAUGUAUGAAACACGUGUAAUCGGAACAAUAGGGUAAUGUUUAAUUUUAAGAUUUUUCUAGGCUUUAAAAUUUGUUAGUGUACUUUUCGACAUUAAGAUGUCAGCGUUCCUUAUUAUAAAUUAUAUUUUACCUUAC